AUGAAAGCCCUGGGGGCGGGCAGCCCCAGAAGUGCUGCUCCGCGCGCCGCUCUGUACCAGUGGCGGGUUGGUGGCGUCGCACGACAACCCACGGACCGAGCGGCAGGGACUCUGUCAAAUGGGCACGGAUGUCCUGGCCAAGCUUCGUCUGGAGCGACAGGCGAAGAGAUAUGGCAAGCUGUGAGGCGCCUCUAUCCACAGUUUCUAGAAAUAGAUCAGCUGGUGGCUUCCAACUCUCGAAGAGUGCAAGAAGCAUACUCCCAAGCAAAGAUUGGCCGACAUCAUUUUGCAGGUUCGACAGGCUACGGAUAUGGAGAUCUGGGAAGGAAGGCUUUUGAUGAGGCCAUGGCUGAUGUUAUGGGGGCCGAGUCGGCGAUUGUCCGAUCCCAGUUCGUGUCGGGGACUCACGCUAUCGCCUGCGGUCUGUAUGGUGCUCUACGACCAGGGGAUGAGCUACUGUCUGUGACAGGCAGGCCAUAUGACACACUGGAGGAGGUGAUAGGACUGAGAGGCAGUCCUGGGUCCGGGUCCCUGAGGGAAUGGGGAGUGUCAUAUCGGGAGCUGGACUUGACGCACGAGGGGAAGAUAGACUGGGAGGCGCUGCCAGAAGCCAUCGCUGAAGGCCGACCAAGGGUCGCUUUUCUUCAACGGUCUUGCGGUUAUGCCCUGCGCUCCACCCUCACGAUCGCUGAGAUCGAGCGAGCUGUGCAAGUGAUCAAGGGAGCAGACCCAGGGUGCCUGGUCUUUGUGGACAACUGCUAUGGGGAGUUCACAGAGAAGAUUGAGCCACCCUCUGUUGGUGCCGAUCUGGCAAUGGGCAGUUUGAUCAAGAACCCAGGCGGGACGCUGGCGCCUGGGGGUGGCUAUGUGGCAGGGAGAGCAGACAUGGUGGAGGCAGCAUUCUCAAGAUUGGGUGCGCCCGGGGUGGGCCUGGAUGCUGGCAGCACCCUGGGCGAAUAUCUGCGACUUGUGAUGCAGGGCCUGUUUCUUGCUCCUCAGUUUGUGGGUGAGGCACUGAAGGCCGGCCGACUCAUCGCAGACGUCAUGGGCAGCAGGGGCUAUGGAGUCACACCUGGACCUGGGAUGCACCAUGAACCGUCGUUCAUAACUGCCGUUGAAUUGGGCAGCCCUGACAAGAUGGCUCACUUUUGCAAAGCAGUGCAGGCCUGCUGCCCCGUCGCUUCAUACGUACAACCAGUUCCAGGAGUCACGGCAGGGUAUGGAGACGAAGUCAUUUUUGCUGAUGGCACCUUUAUUGACGGGAGCACAUCUGAGUUGAGCGCAGAUGGGCCACUGCGUCCACCUUAUGUAGUUUACUGCCAGGGGGGCACCCACUGGACGCACUGGGCUCUGGCACUGGAGGCAGUGAUACAAAAGCUGUAG